CUGAAGAGCCAUCUCACGGCAGACCCCGCAGAGGAUGGGGCUUGGAGCGUAGGCGGAGGUAGUUUCUGGUUGUACCAGUGCGAGGGCCUAUUGAUUGGGGCUGCCUUUAACCCUUUCCUAUUUGCAGAGGUAACGCAUCCGUGGCCGUAACUGAGCAUUGGCUAAAAAAAAUCUUUCAAAGGUCAAGGUUCACAAGAUUUGCUCACCGUCAAAUACAUGACCAUGGGGGAUAUGAAGACCCCAGAUUUCGAUGACCUCCUUGCAGCCUUUGACAUACCAGACAUGGUCGAUCCAAAAGCAGCUAUUGAAUCUGGACAUGAUGACCAUGAAAGCCACAUAAAGCAGAAUGCUCACACAGAUGAAGAUUCUCAUGCACCGUCAUCCUCUGACGUUGGUGUGAGCGUCAUUGUGAAGAACGUGCGUACCAUCGACUCUUCGGAAGGAGGGGACAAGGAUGGCCACCACUCCACGGGCAAUGGCCUGCACAAUGGCUUCCUAACGUCAUCAGCUCUUGAGAGUUUCAGUAAGGAUGAAGGGAAGUUGCUUAAAGACGAUGGGUCAGCUUCUGAGACUGUGAUGAAGGAUUCGGCUUUCAACCAGUUCAGCCCAAUAUCAAGUGCUGAAGAGUUCGAUGAUGAUGAGAAGAUCGAGGUGGAUGACCCCCCGGACAAAGAGGAGAUGCGUGCGAAUUUCAGAGCUAAUGUCUUGGCAGGGUCUGUGUCGCAGCAGGAAUAUGACAAACUAAAGGUUCUUGGAGGGGAGAAACUGAUUAAAUCUGGAAUCCCAGUUUCAAGUAGUAUAGAUAAAAAUAAAGUGGCUAAAAGAGAGACAGAGACAAACUCCAUGAAUUUGAGUGUCUAUGAGCCUUUUAAAGCUCGGAAAAUGGAGGACAAGUUGCUGAAAGAGAGUUCUGAGAAGCUGCUUGAGAACAGGGUGCUAGAUGGAAAACUGAGCGCUGAAAAAAGCGAAACCAACCUCGCCAGCAUUUCACAGUCCAAAGCCAAGUCAUCAGCCAAGCUUUCUUCAUGCAUUGCUGCAAUUGCAGCACUGAGUGCUAAAAAGGCAGCUACAGAUACCAGUAGAGAUUUACAGUCUAAUUCAGGAGAAUCUUCCCCGUUACCGAAGGAGAUGAGUGGGAGUCCUCGGGCUGUUGAAAAAUCACCCGAGUCUCAGAGUCUCAUUGACGGUGCUAAGAAGCCAUCUGUCAAAUCACCCGAUAGCCCCAGGAGUGUGUCAAGUGAGAACAGCAGCAAAGGGUCUCCGUGUUCUCCUGCGGGGUCAACACCAGCAAUCCCUAAAGUUCGCAUAAAAACCAUCAAGACUUCUUCUGGGGAGAUCAAGAGAACUGUUACGAGAGUGUUACCAGAAGUUGACGUGGACUCGGGUAAGAAGCUGGAGCAGACUGCUUCCAUGGUGACUUCCAUGGCAUCUCUCCUGACCUCACCAACUUCUGCUGCUGUUCUUUCCUCUCCUCCCAGAGCUCCUCUCCAGUCCACCGUUGUCACCAAUGCGGUUGGGUCUGCAGAACUUGCACCCAAACAGGUCACCAUCAAGCCUGUGGCCACAGCCUUUCUCCCUGUUUCAGCGGUUAAAACAGCAGGUUCACAGGUUAUUAACCUGAAGCUUGCGAACAACACCACGGUGAAGGCCACUGUCAUCUCUGCUGCCUCGGUGCAGAGCGCCAGCAGCGCCAUCAUCAAAGCUGCCAAUGCCAUACAGCAGCAGACUGUCGUGGUGCCAGCGUCAAGCCUUGCCAGUGCUAAACUCGUGCCAAAGACUGUCCAUCUUGCCAACCUUAAUCUUCUGCCUCAAGGUGCUCAAACCACCUCUGAACUCCGCCAAGUGCUAACGAAACCUCAGCAGCAAAUAAAGCAGGCAAUAAUCUCUGCAGCAGCCUCGCAGCCUUCAAAGAAAGUGUCUCGAGUCCAGGUGGUGUCGUCUCUGCAGAGUUCCGUGGUGGAAGCAUUCAACAAGGUGCUGAGUAGCGUCAAUCCCGUACCAGUUUACAUCCCAAACCUCAGUCCUCCUGCCAAUGCCGGAAUAACGUUGCCAACGCGAGGUUACAAGUGCUUGGAGUGCGGCGACUCGUUCGCUCUGGAGAAGAGCCUGACCCAGCACUACGACCGGAGGAGUGUGCGCAUUGAAGUGACGUGUAAUCACUGUACAAAGAACCUAGUUUUCUACAAUAAGUGCAGCCUUCUUUCCCACGCCCGUGGACACAAGGAGAAAGGGGUUGUGAUGCAGUGUUCACACUUGAUCUUAAAACCGGUCCCAGCAGAUCAAAUGAUAGUGUCUCCUUCCAGCAAUACUGCAACGUCUGCGCUCCAGAGCCCCACAGGAGCUGGCACACACGCCAUCACAAAGAUCCAGUCUGGCAUAACUGGGACAGUGAUAUCAGCCCCAGCCAGCACGCCUGUCAUCCCAGCUAUGCCCCUCGACGAGGAUCCGUCCAAACUCUGUAGACAUAGUCUAAAGUGUCUGGAGUGUAACGAAGUUUUCCAAGACGAGACAUCUCUCGCAACUCAUUUCCAACAGGCUGCAGACACAAGUGGACAAAAGACAUGCAAUAUCUGCCAGAUGCUGCUUCCUAACCAGUGCAGCUUUGCAUCACACCAGAGAAUUCAUCAGCAUAAAUCUCCAUACACGUGUCCUGAAUGUGGAGCAAUCUGCAGAUCUGUCCACUUCCAGACUCAUGUCACUAAGAACUGCCUGCAUUAUACCCGAAGAGUUGGUUUUCGCUGCCUGCAUUGCAAUGUUGUGUACUCUGAUGUGGCGGCGCUCAAGUCUCACAUUCAAGGUUGUCACUGUGAAGUCUUUUACAAGUGUCCUAUCUGUCCCAUGGCAUUUAAAUCUGCUCCCAGCACACACUCCCAUGCCUACACACAGCACCCCGGUGUCAAGAUAGGCGAACCAAAAAUAAUAUAUAAAUGCUCUAUGUGUGACACUGUGUUUACUCUACAACCUUUGCUCUAUCGCCACUUUGAUCAGCACAUUGAAAACCAGAAGGUGUCUGUUUUCAAGUGUCCAGACUGUUCUCUUCUGUAUGCACAGAAACAGCUUAUGAUGGAUCACAUCAAGUCUAUGCAUGGAACUUUGAAAAGUGUUGAGGGGCCACCAAACCUGGGGAUAAACCUGCCUCUCAGCACUAAACCCACAACUCAGAACUCAGCCAGUCACAACAAGGAGGACACAAAACCUGUCAACGGCACAGAAAAGUUAGAGAAGAAAUCUCCUUCUCCUAUAAGGAAAGCAGAGCCUAAGAAAGUGGCCAAUCCUGGCUGGACGUGUUGGGAGUGCGACAGGCUCUUCACGCAGAGAGACGUGUACAUCUCUCACAUGAGGAAGGAGCACGGGAAGCAAAUGAAGAAGCAUCCGUGUCGACAGUGUGACAAAUCCUUCAGCUCGUCCCACAGUUUGUGCCGUCACAACCGCAUCAAGCACAAAGGCAUCAGGAAGGUGUACACCUGCUCGCACUGCCCCGACUCCAGACGAACCUUCACCAAACGGCUGAUGCUGGAAAAACAUAUUCAGCUGAUGCACGGCAUUAAAGACCCUGAUGUGAAGGAAAUGACGGAAUCAACCAACCUGGAAGAAAGGGAAGUAAAAGAGGACACCAAGGUUCCCAGUCCCAAGCGUAAGUUGGAAGAACCUGUGUUGGAAUUCAGGCCUCCACGAGGUGCAAUCACUCAGCCGCUGAAGAAGCUAAAGAUAAAUGUUUUCAAAGUUCACAAGUGUGCUGUUUGUGGCUUUACCACAGAAAACCUUCUGCAGUUCCAUGAACACAUCCCUCAGCACAAAUCCGACGGCUCUUCCUACCAGUGCAGGGAGUGUGGACUCUGCUACACGUCCCACGUCUCCCUCUCCAGACACCUCUUCAUCGUGCACAAGCUGAAGGAGCCUCAGCCAGUGUCGAAGCAGAAUGGGUCUGGGGAGGAUAACCAGCAAGAGAACAAACCCAGCCACGAGGAGGAGUCGUCAGACAGCGCGGCGUCAGACAGGAAGUGCAAAGUGUGUGCAAAGACCUUUGAAACUGAAGCGGCCUUAAACACUCACAUGAGAACACACGGCAUGGCCUUCAUCAAGUCCAAACGCAUGAGCUCGGCUGAGAAGUGACCAGAGUGUCCAGGAGGCAGGAAUCUCUCUGCUGGCUGGGACUCGAAGGACGCUUUUGCUCCGGAGAGUUGCAGCGUUGCGGUGUUCCCGGCGCUGCUGAGGCUGCUGCAGUGGGUUCUGCGCCGCCGUCCCCGCCGCCGUCGCGCCCUCCCCUCCGUCCCAGCAGUGUCUGCAUUGAAGAGAGUUUGUAUAUAUUUAAACUAGUACCUUUUAUACUCUUUGUUAUGUGUUUGUAUCGGUAUCUAGUGGAGAACUUGGGGGUUUCCUGUUCUGUCUGGGUUGGGUUGGCUUUUUUCUAGUGAGUUUAACACAGGGCUCUGGUUGCUGGGGCAGCUCCUCGGGUCCUGCCGAGCCUGGAACGCUCCCGAGGGGGAGCUCGGCGAGGAAGCACAUCAGAGGGCAGAGCUGGGAGGGGAGCAGGCCAGGACAGGCUCUGAGAACUUGUGCUGGUGGGUGUCUGAUGCAGCUUGUAAGCUUUCUCUUAAAAAGUCUGUAUUUAAAAAGAAAACCACACUAUAAAACACAACUGCAGAGGUGAAGUGCAGCACUGGCCUUGCACGUGGGCCGGCUUCAGGGGGCACCAGCAGCACGGUGCAGCCCCCUGGGACGCCCAGGCAGUUGCACAGCUCUGCAUCCCGAGGGGAUCUUUCUGUGGGCCAGGGGGUGCUUGUGGUCAAAGCUCAGGUCAUUACAGAAGGGCUGGGCUGGAUGUCACACAUGAGAGGUAGUGAGAGGAGCAGGUUUGUACUGCUGAUGUUCUUGGCCACGUAGCUUAUUGAAUGCUCUGUAGAGGCGAGUCCCCUUCGUUCCUGGUGGGUAACCCCUGCUCCAGGGCUGGUGCCACCCAGCUCCACGUGCUCCUGCCAAACAUCCUGGUGCUGUGUUCCACUGGCUCUCACCCAGCAGCCCAGGGCAGUCCUGGGGCCGCUCAGCCUCAGCUCAGGCUCCGGGGCCGGUUCAGAUGCUCUCACAGAGCGCAGCCAGGCCACGCUCUCUCCCCUGACCGCGGUUCUCUGGGGGUUCUGGUUUUGGUUUGGGGUUUUUUGUUGCAUUUUAUACCUUGUAUGUAUCCCUCCACAGAGAUUUUGUACGUUUUUUAAGGCCCAAGGGCGUGUACAUAAGUAGCUGCAUGAGAUACAGUCGUAGCUGUUCGGUUCCUUCGGAGUCUCGCUGCUGUCAGAUGUUGCUAUACACGAUGUCCAUCACAGCUGUAUUAAACACAUUUCAUAUGUAAAUAAAUGUGGAGCAUUUUGCCCCUAAA